AUGGUCAGCCCUUGGGAUCCCAGGACGGUGUCUGGAAGGGCGGUGGGCAGCCUGCUGGUGGUGCGCACAGCUGCCAUGUUAGCCUCCCAGGUUGAAGCCUUUAUGCCCAUCUUCACCUACAGUGAAGUCCAGAGGAUGCAGGAAAGGGAACAGAGUAAGAGGCAGAAGUCUCUGAGCCCCCCAGAGGAGGCCAAGGGGGUGAAUCCACUAGACCCCCAGGAGACCACUGAGGAAGAAGGAGUCAAACCAAUCAAGUUGACUGCUCCCAGGAAAAUUGAAGAGAGGCUGACCUCCAGGCAGCUGGAAAAGUACCCGGCCGCCCUGGAAGGGUUGCUGAGGGAGGCACUGCCUCUGGACUGGCUCGCUAAGUGA